AUGCACAGUCUGGUGCAGCUUGCAACACGAAGAUGGUUAGAAAUGAACGGUAAACUAGAGACAUGGAAGCGGCAGUAUAUCAAGAAUUUGAAAGCAGAAUUUCCCACGGGAGAGUAUGAGAACUGGGAACACUGUCAAGGUCGAUGGAAAGAAGCAGAAGAGCUAGAAGUCCAGGUGAUGGAGAAGAGGAAGAGUGUUCUAUGUGUAGAAUAUCCUGACACGCUCACCAGCAUGGACAAUUUAGCAUCAACGUUCUGGGAUCAGGGGCGAUGGAAAGAAGCAGAAGAGCUAGAAGUCCAGGUGAUGGAGAUGAGUAAGAGGGUUCUGGGUGUAGAACAUCCUGACAUGCUGACCAGCAUGGACAAUCUGGCAUCGACAUACUGGGAACAGGGUCGAUGGAAAGAAGCAGAAGAGCUGGAUGUGCAGAUGAUAGAGAUAAGUAAGAGGGUUCUGGGUGUAGAACAUCCUGACAUGCUGACCAGCAUGGACAAUCUGGCAUCGACAUACUGGGAACAGGGUCGAUGGAAAGAAGCAGAAGAGCUAGAAGUCCAGGUGAUGGAGACGAGGAAGAGGGUUAUGGGUGUAGAACAUCCUGACACGCUCACUAGCAUGGCCAAUCUGGCAUUCACCUGGAAAGGGCAAUAUCGCAGCGCGGAAGCCUUGGAUUUGAUGAAAAGCUGUGUACAGCUAUAAUCAAAAGUUCUAGACGCUGA